AUGAGAUUAGAGAAGUGCUGGUUCUGCUCGUCGACCGUGUAUCCCGGUCACGGCAUCUGCUACGUGCGCAAUGACGCCAAGGUGUUUCGGUUCUGCCGGUCCAAGUGCCACCGGAACUUCAAGCUGAAGCGCAACCCGCGCAAAGUGCGAUGGACCAAGGCGUACCGCCGCCUGCACGGCAAAGACCUCGCGUCGGACACGACGUUUGAGAUGGAGCGGAGGCGCAACCGGCCCGAGCGGUAUGAUCGCAACGUGGUGGCGACGACGGUGGCUGCGAUGAAGAGAAUCGAUGAGCUGCGCGUGAAGCGCCAGGCCAAGUUCUGGGAGAAGCGAAUGAAGGUGAAAACGAAUGAGGAGCGGCGUCAGGCGCGGCAAGAGCUGGAGUCCGGAAUCCAUUUGGUGAAGGCCCCAGCUGCGCUUGCAGCAGACCCGUCCCUCACCCUCCCCAAGCCCAUCUCCACGCUCUCAGCGUCCGUGGCGGAGCACGCAGCCAAGGAGAAGGCGAUUGCAGUGGCCAUGGAGGAGGGCGAGGAGGUGGGAGGAGAGAGGGCGGCUGCAGAGGCGAAGGCGGAGAGGGCAGUAGAGAGGAAGCUGAAGGGGAAGAUGAAGGUGAAGGUGGGACGGGUGAGGGGUGCUGUGAUGGACGCAGAUAUGGAGGGGAAGGAGUGUGUGUGGGCGGCGAGUGGGAGAGGCGAGGGGAGAGAAUGGGGUAGGCAGGUUGAUGGAGAUGAAGAGGGGAGGGAUGAGCAUGACCUGGUAUGGUGUGACAUGGAUCGGCAUGGAUUGGCACGGCAUGGUAUGGCAUGGCAUGGCAUGGCAUGGCAUGGUAUGGCAUGGCAUGGUAUGGCAUGGCAUGGCAUGGCAUGGCAUGGCAUGGUAUGGCAUGGCAUGGCAUGGUAUGGCAUGGCAUGGUAUGGCAUGGCAUGGCAUGGUAUGGCAUGGCAUGGCAUGGCAUGGUAUGGCAUGGCAUGGUAUGGCAUGGCAUGGUAUGGCAUGGCAUGGUAUGGCAUGGCAUGGCAUGGUAUGGCAUGGCAUGGUAUGGCAUGGCAUGGCAUGGCAUGGUAUGGCAUGGCAUGGUAUGGCAUGGCAUGGUAUGGCAUGGCAUGGUAUGGCAUGGCAUGGUAUGGCAUGGCAUGGCAUGGUAUGGCAUGGCAUGGUAUGGCAUGGCAUGGCAUGGUAUGGCAUGGCAUGGUAUGGCAUGGCAUGGCAUGGUAUGGCAUGGCAUGGCAUGGCAUGGCAUGGCAUGGCAUGGUAUGGCAUGGCAUGGUAUGGCAUGGCAUGGUAUGGCAUGGCAUGGCAUGGCAUGGUAUGGUAUGGUGGAGGAUGAGGGUAACUUGCUGUGCAGAGAGGCCCACCUGUGCCGUCACCUGUGCCUGCUGA